ACUAAAGACCAUGUAGUGUUUAGUUGUUGAAUAUUUCAAUACCCAGGUAAUAUUUUCCACAGUGCCUGCUAAGGGCUGACCGGGUGGGGUGGCUGACGGCGUGCACCGACCAGACAACUGCAGUGGGCUCGUUUUGUUGUAUACUCGUUCCGGGGCGCCGCAGUGAGCCACGGAGCUCCGUAUGCUUUCUGUCGGUGAAACGCACGGUGAGGGAUGCGCGACCAGCCAGCACCUUCCCUCGCACAUCUCAUAAGGAGGUGACUUGAUCAGCAUAUGAAAUUCUCCAGGAUCAAACCAAUAGCAAUGCAUGGCCUGUAAGCCACCAACCAUGGCUCACAGGAAGAGGCCAGGGACCAGUGGAGGAAACUGCAUGGCUGCUCCAGGCCCUGCCUCCUGUCCCACCACUCAUCCUACUCAGUCACGUGAUCUGGAUGCUCUCCCUGCUCGGCAACGCCCAAUCCGCUACCCCAAAGAGUCACAUGAUCCAAAACCCAUCCCCCACUCCUCUAAGGCACAAUAUUCUUCUCCCAAGUCUCAAGAUGCGGGUCACAAUCAUCCAGAGGUGGAUGGAGAUGCAGAGGUUGAAGUGAAACGGUACAGCAACCAAGCAGAUGCAGAACUGGAGGACCCGCGGCCAGCAACACCCUCCACACCAGAAUAUGAACGUGACCAGGAUGACCAUGACCAGGCGGACUUCCACGGGGGAGCUGACAGCCUGGAUGAUGACUCCAGCUCUGACUAUAUCAACAACACCUCAGAUGAAGAGGAAGACUAUGAUGAUGGACUGGCAGAGGAGGAUGAGGGUGUGACUUAUUACAUUCGAUACUGCCCAGAGGAUGACAGCUACCUGGAAGGUAUGGAUUGCAGUAGUCAGGGAGACUGCAACCACACCCGUAGCCAGGGGGACUGUGCUGGCACAAUGCAGCCUGGUGGAGCCCACACUGAUGAGUGCCAGGAGGCUGUAGAAGGGUGGACCGAGGAGGGUGAAGGGGAGGUGAGAGAGGAAGAAUGGGUGGAAGAUGAGGAGAGAGAGGGGACAAUGAGGGAAGAGUGGAGAGAAGAGGAGGAAGGAGUAAGGGAAGAGUGGAGAGAGGGAGACGAGGAGGCAAGGGAGGAGUGGAGAGAGGUGGGUCAGGUCAGGCAGGAGCAGUGGGUGGGACGAGAGAGGCACAGGGUGGAAGAAUGGGGUGAGGAAGAAGGGGAGGUUCGCUGUGAGGUGGUGGAGCAAGAUCCAGAUGAACACAUAUACAAUGGAAGACCAGAACCGAUCCUGAACCAUCAUCACCAUCACCACCAACCCUCCCUGCAAGACACACUGCACACCAGAGAAGAAGAGGAAGUGGAGAGCGAGGAAUACUGUCCUAAUGGCGAGGAAGAUGAGGAGGGUGAUGAGGAGGAGAGACACGGAAGGGCCUACACUGGAGACUACUAUGCCCCAGAGGACAAUGGGAACUCGGUGCGAGUCUCUCCGUAUCGUGGCCGUAAAGUCCUCGUGGUCGAAGGGGAGACUGGGGAGGAGGCGGAGGAGGACAUUGACCAAAUUGUUGCUGAGAUCAAGAUGAGUAUGAGCAUGGGGAGUCUAAGCAGCAGCACUGACCAAAGCCCAGAGGAGCUAGCACAGGACCCCACCCCAUGUGACUAUCCCCAUACAAAGCCCGAUGCAGCCCCAUAUCCACCAGCUCACCACUGCCACGACAGCAGGCCCAAGUCACUGAAUCUGCCCUCCAUGCAUCACAACAACCCUGACCUCAAGCCACAUUCACACUCCCCUGAAGACAGGCAGAGAUGGCCACAGGACCAGGUGAGCAAUGGUGCAGAGCAACCGAGGAAACAGCAGCGCUCCGACCUCAACGUUCCCCUGGAGAACAACAAUGUACCAGAACCCACAAAGAAGGUUGCGUCGUUCCCCAGCUUUGUCGAUGUCCCAGGACCCUGUGAGCCAGAAGACUUAAUUGAUGGAAUUAUCUUUGCUGCCAACUACCUGGGCUCCACUCAGCUGCUGUCUGAGAGGAACCCCUCCAAGAACAUUCGCAUGAUGCAGGCCCAGGAGGCUGUCAGCAGGGUCAAGAGGGUACAGAAGGCUGCCAAAAUCAAGAAAAAGGCGAGUGCGGACGGAGACGCUCAGACCCUCACUGAGGUUGAUCUGUUCAUCUCCACCCAGAGGAUCAAAGUUCUCAAUGCAGACUCACAGGAAACGAUGAUGGACAAUGCACUCCGUACUAUAUCCUACAUUGCUGAUAUUGGGAACAUUGUGGUCCUGAUGGCAAGACGCCGGAUGCCACGCACAGCCUCACAGGACUGCAUCGAAACUACACCUGGGGCGCCCGAGGGAAAGAAACAGUACAAGAUGAUCUGUCAUGUGUUUGAAUCUGAAGAUGCCCAGCUUAUUGCUCAGUCCAUUGGUCAGGCGUUCAGCGUAGCUUACCAGGAGUUCCUGAGAGCCAAUGGCAUUAACCCAGAGGACCUGAGCCAGAAGGAGUACAGCGACAUCAUAAACACCCAGGAGAUGUACAAUGAUGACCUCAUUCAUUUCUCCAACUCUGAAAACUGCAAAGAGCUGCAGCUGGAGAAGAGCAAAGGGGAGAUCCUGGGUGUGGUGAUCGUGGAGUCUGGCUGGGGCUCCAUUCUGCCUACAGUUAUCCUGGCCAACAUGAUGAAUGGCGGGCCAGCAGCUCGCUCUGGCAAGCUCAGUAUCGGAGACCAGAUCAUGUCGAUCAACAACACCAGCCUCGUGGGGCUGCCGCUCGCCACCUGUCAGGGAAUCAUUAAGGGCUUAAAGAACCAGGUCCAGGUGAAAAUGAAUAUUGUCAGCUGCCCCCCUGUUACCACUGUCCUUAUUAAGAGACCAGAUCUUAAAUAUCAGCUGGGCUUCAGUGUCCAGAAUGGCAUUAUAUGCAGCCUGAUGCGAGGAGGUAUUGCAGAGCGAGGUGGGGUCCGUGUGGGGCACAGGAUAAUUGAGAUCAAUGGGCAGAGUGUGGUGGCCACAGCACAUGAGAAGAUUGUCCAGGCCCUCUCGAACUCUGUUGGCGAGAUUCACAUGAAGACCAUGCCGGCAGCCAUGUUCAGACUUCUAACAGGACAGGAGACACCUAUGUACAUAUAAAUGAUGGCCAGGGACAGCUCCCUAUGCCAGGCUGUCAGCUGUGACUGGCUGUCCAAGCUUACCAGCAACUGGGGGAGGACUGCUUCUCCAUGUUGAGUCCUUUCUUUUUGUUUUCUUUGAGCUGAUGACUUCAAUUCUUCUUCUCUCCCUUGUCUGUGCUUAACAUGCAACAGCCCUUUUAUUGACAUGAGAUGCUUUUUUCCAUUUGACCAGCUGAAGAGACAAGUGUGUCUGUGUGUGUGUGGAUACUGUUAUGUCCUGUCUGUGAUUCUGUGGACAGACUUAUCAAGUGAAUGCUCCACAAUUUAUUUUUUUAUAUUCAUGUGAUGCAAUAUGAUACUUCUACUAUACUUCAUGUAUAGUUUCAUUUUCUUUAUUUAUUUCUCAUGUAAAUACAUAUUUUGCUAAUAUUGACUGAAGGCAGGGGGAGGGAGAGACCACAGCUGCACUGUAAAUAUUUAUUGACUCUUGCUGUUGAAUUUAAAGCAGACUGUGGUGAUGGCAAAGACACAAUUAAAAGCAGACAUCAUAGCAGUUGCCAGUGAAAUGAGAAUUACUUUAGGGUUUGAAAUGCUGGGUAUAAAUAUGCUAAGUUGAUACAAUAUACAGGUAAAUCAAACCAAUGCUUGCAGCAGGGGUUUAUGGGAGAAAUGCCCUAUCCUUUAGAUUUACUUCAUUAUAUGGCAAUACACAAGUUCAACCUCCCAAUGGCAAGAUAAAUUUUUUCUAAAUCAUGUACAAACUCACACAUUUCAAUAACAAGCAACUGAAUAGAUUUUAACAUGUGUUAAUUAUGCUGUUUAUCAAAGUCACAUGUAUGAAAACUGAUGCUUUUUUGUGUGCUACUCUACUGUAUGUUCAUCUUUAGUGUUCCUGACCGAGACUCAUGCAUACUAUGAGUGGAUUGUGAAUGUAACCGUGUUGUGUGAGCUGUCCCAUUGCCACAAGCAGUAUUAGAAUGUCUGUACAUAGAGGAACUUGUCUAGUGUUGUGCUCUUGUUAACAAAACAAAACACACAGGUUUAGCCCCUGCGAACAUCUUCCCACCUGUCUGUUGGACUCCAGUCGUGAGAGCGAAAGAACUGUGAAUCACACACUGUGACAAAAAAAGGCCUUACCAUCGAGUAACGGUUUUACAAUGCAUUGUAGUACAUUUUAACCAUAUGAACAUUAUCUGUGUGCAUGCCUUGUAUAGUAGUAUCAUGUCAUUGUGGCAAGUUAAUAAAAUCAGAGUGAUACCAGG